AUGAUCGACUAUGAGAAGGCAGUGGACCGCUGCCUGGGAUGGGGGGGCGGUGCCGGCGCCGGAGGUUGGAGGAGUCUAUUACUUCUCGUCGCCCUCGUCGCGUCGACGGCGGCGCUCUACGCGUUCUUCUCCUCCACCCUCCGCGUCUCCGCCUGGUUUUUGGUUCCUCCUCCCUCCAAUUCUUCCCCCGAGGAGUUCGUUCUCCUACCGUCGCCUCCUCCUACUCACCGUCACACUCGUCCGCCGCUCGGCCGCCAUCCUGCUUCUACUCCGCCCCCAACCGAAGUCCCUGUUUCAACCGCAUCACCGUCUCUCAUUGCGCCUUCUCCUUCUCCGGCCGAGGGUGCAUAUGAUCCAAAGACGCCGCCUUUGGUGCCCGAUGGGCCCGGUUUCACUCCAAGCCCCGGUUUUCUCCCUGUUUCGACCGUGACGCCUCCUUCCGUUGCACCACUUCCUCCUCCUCGAGUCGGUGAUGAUGCCAUGACGGAUCUGCAGCUUAUACACGCAAAGAAGGAGAUCGCUGGUGCACCUGUUGUUCUGCACGACCCGGAUCUUUAUGCUCCGUUGUUCCGGAAUGUUUCAGUCUUCAAGAAGAGCUAUAAGAUGAUGGAAAGAAUUCUGAAGGUAUACAUCUACGAGGAUGGACCCAAACCACUCUGCCACACACCACAUCUUGAUGGCAUUUACGCUUCCGAAGGAUGGUUCAUGAAAUUAAUGGAGGAAAACACACGGUUUGUCGUGAAAGAUCCAAACAAGGCCCACUUGUUCUACCUACCAUAUAGUUCGCGGCAGCUGAGAACCCAUCUUUAUGUUGCUGGUUCGCGUAGUAUGCAGCCACUAUCAAUCUUUCUGAGGGACUAUGUCAACUCCAUCUCCGCUAAGUAUCCUUUCUGGAACAGGACAAGAGGAGCAGAUCAUUUUUUGGUUGCUUGCCAUGAUUGGGCAACUUACACGACCAACCUGCAUGAGGAUCUGCGGAAGAACACGAUCAAAGUGGUAUGCAACGCAGAUGUUUCUGAAGGAGUUUUCGUCCGUGGAAAAGAUGUCUCCCUUGCGGAGACAUACGUAAGAACACCCAACAGUCCCCGGAAGGCCAUAGGAGGAAGACCUGCUUCCAGGAGAUCUAUUCUGGCCUUCUUUGCCGGACAAAUGCACGGCCGUGUUAGGCCCAUCCUUCUUCGGUACUGGAGAGGCAGAGACAGAGACAUGAGGAUAUACGAAGUGCUGCCGGAUGAGAUCGCAGCUAAAAUGUCAUACAUCGAACACAUGAAAUCGAGCAAGUUCUGCAUCUGCCCAAUGGGGUAUGAAGUGAAUAGCCCAAGGAUUGUGGAGGCCAUCUAUUACGACUGUGUUCCGGUGAUCAUAGCAAAUAAUUUCGUGCUCCCAUUCGAAGAAGUGCUCGACUGGGGUGCGUUCUCUGUAGUGGUAGCAGAGAAGGAUAUACCAAAGCUGAAGCAGAUUCUACUGGGAAUUAGUGGCAGGCGAUACGUGAGGAUGCAGACGAACGUGAGGAGAUUACGGAAGCAUUUUCUAUGGAACGAUAAACCAGUGAAGUAUGAUCUCUUUCACAUGAUUUUGCACUCGAUUUGGUAUAAUAGAUUGAACCAUUACUCAUUAUAA